CUAGAUCACUCGCGCUACAACAGUGAUUUUUGUAAAAUUAUUGUAAAUAUGUUGAGAUUCUUCGUUGUUUUUGCUGUUAUGGCCGCCGCUUACGGAGCACCCGGUAUAGGACACGGCGGGUAUUACGGAGGAUAUGCCCAUAUACCCGCUGCUACUAGUUACAGCUCCAGAGUGGACAUCCACACUCCAGUACUGAAAACCUACGCAGCCCCAGCCUUGGUAGCGGCCCCGGUCAUCUCCAAAGCCUACGUUUCCCCGGCCUUGAGCUACCACUCGGCCCCCUUGGUGUCCUCCUACGGUUACGGAGUGGGCCACGGUUUGGGCUUGGGACACGGCUUGGGAUACGGCUUGGGACACGGCUACGGCGGCUACGGUCACGACUUGGGCUACGGACACGGCUGGUAAAUUCCCCCAAGACCAAAGACUUUUACGGGAAACUUU